UAACUAACUCCCAGAGGGCUCUCGUACAAGUGGGGAUUUCUCCGUCUCUCUCCCUGCCUCUCUCUUAGCACUUUGCAUGAGCACUGAGCAGUUUCCAGGUAUGCUGUUGCCUCGUCUGUGAGGGGAUCAGAGCUUCCCUGGAACGGGAUGGAUCCCCAGAGAGAGACACACGAGAAAAACAACACGGAGCAUCUAAUUGCUGACAGGCGGGAAGGAAUUGGUGUCUGUGGCUGGAUUCUGGUUUCCCUUUCAUUCCUCCUGGUGCUUAUUACCUUUCCUAUUUCCAUCUGGGCAUGUAUCAAGAUUAUCAGAGAAUAUGAACGUGCUGUCGUAUUUCGACUGGGACGUAUAGUGUCUAAGAAAGCAAAGGGACCAGGUCUGGUCCUCAUACUUCCAUGUACAGAUACGUUUGUCAAAGUCGAUCUUAGAACAGUUACCUGUAACAUUCCUCCACAAGAGAUUCUCACGAAAGAUGCCGUUACCACCCAAGUGGAUGGGGUGGUGUACUACAGGAUCCACAGUGCUGUCAGCGCCGUUGCUAACGUCACCGAUGUCCACCCAGCCACCCUCCUCUUGGCACAGACAACCCUGAGAAAUGUGCUGGGCACACAGAGCUUGGCUCAGCUCCUGGCAGGUCGUGAGGAGAUUGCACACAGUAUCCAGGUUAUCCUCGACAGUGCCACGGAGCAGUGGGGAAUCAAAGUGGCCCGAGUGGAGAUCAAAGAUGUCAGGAUUCCUGUGGCCAUGCAGAGGGCAAUGGCAGCUGAAGCAGAGGCUGCUCGAGAGGCAAGAGCUAAGGUUGUGGCAGCAGAGGGAGAAAUGAAUGCUUCUAAAGCCCUCAAGCAGGCCUCCAUGGUGCUGGCUGAGUCUCCAGCAGGUCUUCAGCUGCGCUACCUACAAACAUUAACAACCCUGGCAACAGAGAAUAAUUCCACCAUUGUCUUUCCUCUCCCUAUAGAUAUGCUUGAGAUUUUGGGGCAGAAAAACAGAGGGGGAUAGAGAUUGUUCAGUUCUAGAUCCUUGGGCAGAGAGAUUUAAAGGAACCAAGAAGUUCCACAAUACCAGCAUUAAGACUGAAGCUUGUUUGUGUCCUCUGUACCAAAAAUAAGAGUAAAAAUAGUUUAGUAACCACACAUAGCUCCCACAUUAGGAGACUGCAUUUGCAAAAUUCAAGCACUAAGCAGUUUUAGCUUAGACUCAUCUUCCAGCAAAAUGGAAGAAAAUAUGUAAAAUGUAAGAAAAUAUGUAAAAUGCAUGUUAGACCUAACAUGAAAUGUUAGUGAUGCUUUCACCACGUUUUACAGAGUCUUGAGUGUAUAAAUUAUUUGGUGAUUUGUCUCUUAAGCAAGACCCUCAGCUCUUGAUGUACUCCACAUAGCAAAGGGGUCACAUACUGGUAUUUAACUCAAGGCUUGUGGAAUGGAAAGAAGGAUUUGGCCUCUAACCUUAGAGGCAUUCUUUCAUAACUAUUAGCAGAAUUACUGGAUAAUUGGUAUGUCGGUGGAACAGCCUAUUAUUUGUCAUAUAUGAGUAGAAAUUAGCACUUGCUUUACUGACUUCAUCUGGAUUUUGCCAGGUCACUGACAUUUCUAUAAGCUCUGUAAUAAAAGGAAGAUAACAUAUGUCCAGGCAUUACAGUCACAUUUCCUAAAUCUGAAAGCCAGAGCCAAACUCUGAGGAAAACAUCUUGUCCUAUGAAAAUUUAAGUGUCUGUCUUGCACCUUCAGGAGGUUUCUUAUCCUCCUUUGCAGACGUCAUGGAGCAGUGGUGCAGGUUUUCAUAAAACAAGCCUUCUCCACCCUUCAUCCGUGCAGUGCCUGGCAGCUGAGUGGGGGACAUUACUGAAAUCUGAGUUCAGCUGUUGUUAUACUUGAGUUUACAGCCUUCAAAAAUAGCUGGGCAGUUCACGGUGCUGGCACACAGUGAUGUGCUGUCUGCUAUGAACCUGAAGGCUGUUGCGGUGUACCUGGUCUGGCAUGGGCUGCUGCAGUCUUGGGUCUUGUCCACACAAUGCUCACUGCUGCCCCUCCUACUCAGUUAGGGUCAUUUGACUCCAAAUUAACCACAUCAGCAGAGACCUAUUACUUAUACUGUUGCUGAUUCAGGCCCUUCUUGUUUUCACUGCAGUGUAAGACAAGCAGUCCAGGUGGCAAAUUUUUGCGUCUGUAAGUUCCAAAUGUUUAUCCUUAAGAGAAGCAUAAGUUGUUUGCUUGGAAAGACUUAAGUCACGGUAGAAAAUUACCAUGCAAGGCUCUUAAAGCAAAUGUAAAGUACAAGAGCAGUAUCACAGCAUGAACACAGGUCAAAAAAAGCUUUGGCCGGUUCUUAAGGUUCAUGGUUUGGUGUUUGUUGUUUUGCUUGUUUGGUUGUUUGGUUUGGGUUUUGUUUUUGUUUGUUUGUUUUAUUAUUAUUAUUUUUAUUUUGGGGGUUUUUGUUUGUUUGUUUUGUAUUGUUAGGGGUUUUGUUUGUUUGUUUGUUUUUCCCCAACAGUGCGACAUCAACUAUGCAACUGGUUUUGAAGGUGAAAGCCUUACUAGUGAUUUGACAAAGAUCACUAACAAAAUACAUUAUUUACCAUAUAAGAUCACUACAAAGGUAUCUGCAUUUACAAUGAAUUUUGGAAGAUGCAAGUUUUCAUAUCCUAGAUGCAUGGACAGUGUAACAAUUUUGUGUUUCUGGACACUUGCAGAGGAUGGGUAGGCUAAUAUAUGCAACUGGAAAUUCAGAUUAGGCAUUAAGAUUUUUUUUUUCACUGUGGCAGUGAUUAAGUACUGAAACAGGUUACACAGAGAUACCGUGGGAUCGCCAUCCUUGGAGGUACUCAAGACUCAGCUGGACAUGGCCCUGCGCAACCUGAUCUAACUAGACCUCUUCUAAACAGGGGUUGGACUAGACCACAUCUGGAAGUCCCUUCAAAACCAAAUUAUGAUUCUAUGGCUCUAUGGUCUUUGCCAACAAAAGGCAUAAAUUUUUACCAAGCUGUGGCUGAUGCACUCUGCCCUCCCGUUCCCUGAGAGCAACAGAAACUUCCAGGCUGAUGGACCAUUAUGGUGAUGCAUACGCCCCUUGGUUGACAGACAGGGCCUUUGGCCAAUGAGACACCUUGGUUGAGAGAAGUUUCUGGAUAACUACCAUAAGUGGCCCCAGCUCAGAUUCAACUAGGGUAUAAAUGGAGCCCAGUAGAAACCCUUUUGAGUUGGUCUUCUUGGAGUAGGAGUAUGGAGUGGAAGAUUUAGCCUGGCCACCUGAGGAGCAUUCUUUAGAGGCUGAGACACCUUAUUGACCUGGUAAAUGAUCUGGAUACCAUUGAGAGUCCUCACUUUGACACAGAACAUGCACGUUUUUGAACUCUAGAGUUUUGGGAUCUGAUCCCCUUGUGUUUGAGUCGGUUGUUUAGUAACUGAAAUCCCAACCAGUAUCUGGACCUGUGUUGUAUAACGUUACUGGAGUGCUGAACAAUUUUUAAUAAACCCUGUUUGUAGUUGUUUCCUGUUAGA